UGUCUUUCAUAUGGUUGGCGUGCGUGCAUAUUUUUGUUUUUGUCGUUCUAGCAACGUCACCAGAGCUCUAUAAAAAAUUUAAUGUUUAUUUAGCCGGUUAGUGAUUCCCUCUUCGGUGCUAUAAGAUGAAGAUCUUGUUAUUAGUUUUCCUUUUGUUUCAAACAUAUAACUGUGAUAGAUUAGAAGAUGUCAGCGACGCCGAUUUGGUUCAAAUGAUUAAAAAUACGGAGGAACAUGUUGUCGUUCUGUUCUCUAAACGAAACUGUGAAGACUGUGAUAAAUAUGAAGACCAGCUACUGAAACUUAGGGUCGAUAUAAGAGAAACGCUAAAUGCUCACACUGUCAAAGCGUCCAACAGUCAAAUGACCAAAUUGUACAGUCCGACUAAAGAGCCAGCUGUUGUGUUUUUCAGACAUGGUGUGCCACUGUUGUACAGUGGUGCAAUACAUGAAGAUGCAAUUUUCCAAUAUUUGAAUGAUAAUCAGAGUCCCGUUGUUCGAGAGUUGUCUGACGUUAAUUUCGAACAUUUGACACAGGCUUCAACAGGUUCAACAACUGGAGAUUGGUUUAUGUUGUUCUACUCUCAAACAUGCAUCGAAUGUCAGCGUUUGACUGCGGUUUGGGAAGCAGUAGGAGCUAGACUGAAGAGCAGAAUGAAUGUUGCUCGAAUCAAUAAGGACACAGUCGGAAUUCAAACUGGAAAACGAUUCAACGUUCUGAAGGCUCCGGAAUUCAUAUUCAUCCGUCAAGGAAAGUUCUACCGAUAUGAAAUCCCAAACUUUGACAUCGAGUCGUUCGUGUCAUUUGCACAGGAGUUCUACAAAAAUGCUAGAGCCGAAAGAAUUCCGGUACCAUCAUCACCAUUCGAGGAAUUGGUUAACUGGACAGUUGAUUUUCUGAAAAGCGGAGCCUGGCAAAAAUUCGUAACUGAGCUUCCGGUAUCGAUCCUGGCAAUGAUUUCAACUGGCAUUUUGGUUGUUCUGUUUUUGUUCCUCAGACUGUGCGUGAAGAAAUCGAAGAAAGAGGAGAAAAAGAAACAGAAGGACAAAUAAGAAGGAAAUUUCCAUUUUUUUUGUACAGUAAAUAAAAAUUCUUUUCAUUUUUAAAUAA